GCGAAAGUCAAAUCCUUAUUUUACUGGGCAUGUUUUGUUCUUAAUGAUGUUUUAUGUUGAUAGGGUUGUCUUCCGAAUGAGAGUAGUGCCUAGAACUUUUCCAACUAUGCUAUGUUGGACUUCGCAGAAGCUUAAGGAAAGAGAAGGAUUGGAGCGGAAAUCAGGUGGUUUUGGCCGUGGUAGCGUGGACCCACAAAUCAAUAAAGAGUUGUUUUCAAAUGAAAACCCGUCUCUUGAAGAUCCUCCUGGGAAAACAUCACAAUCACAGAACGACGUUUUAGAGGAGGCACAGACUGCUGCAAAAGAGUUGGUGCAAAAAAUAUCAAAGUGGGACACCGUCUGUAGAGGCUUGAAUAGUGAGUUCCCAAAUUCAAAUGCCAUCAAGAGAAUGCAACAAACUGCUGCUGAAGUGAUUGUUGCUGUUGGUAAAAGUCCAAGAAUAUCAGGUACUCCGAUUUUGGAAACAAAUCCGAAACUGCAAUUCGAAGUAGUCCACGAGAGCCCUUCUUUCUUGGCUGAAAUAUCUCAACUUGAAAUGGAAUUUUUCACGGUGAAGCGCAACCUUGAGACCAACAGCCAAGACUUGUCCAUGCCAUCAUUUAGCUUAGGGCUUACACCAGAGGAAAAGGAAAAUCAAAAUGAGGAGAUUCAACAUGAAGAGGUUCAACAUGAGGAGAUUCAAACAAAGAAUGGAGAUGGCAUAGCCCAAACAUGCAAUCUCACUGCAUUGGCAGAUGAUGUACAGAGUCACCCCCAAAUUGAGCCUAUCCCAGCUUUUCCAGAGAGUGCAGUUCAAGGGCAACAAGAAGAAACUGUUCUUUUUCAGCCAACCCCACCAUAUAUUCACUUUACAAGUCAAGAAAUUGCAUCCGGUCCUAGCCCUGCUCGAAGUCCUGUAUUCCUUAAAAGACAACAUCAGCCCGAAAGGAAGAAAGAAUUUGCACGCGCCUUAUGUUCUCCUUUUUGGAUAAGAAACAUGGAAGCACUCUCACGGUUGAGCCGUGCCGAGAAGGUUCUCACGGACUACGUAUUAAACAAAUCUCUUUUACUUGGAUUUGGUGUCGAUUCUUGAAUGCCGAGGAAAAGCAUCGAAGCUGAGUUUGUAAAGAUCAGUU